GGAAACAGAUAGGACGGCCGCUGUGGAGUAGUGGCGGCGGGGCGGGGAAGAAUGGAGGUAAGGAAGAGAAGUGGGCCGGGUUCAAAAUCUCGAUCAGGGUGUGUCACCUGCAAACUAGCAUAGGGCCAGACGUGUAAAGUGCGAUGAGACGAAACCGGCUUGCAUACGAUGCCAGAAUUUCCGGCUCGAGUGUGGGGUUACAAAGUGAAGCAAAAACCCACGCAUUCAACACAGCGCCUCCUUCCUUUGGUUCCCAAGAUCGAACCUAUGUCAACGGCUGUCACCCCCUUGGCACUUACUCCUGCUCAACCAUUGUCCACCAACGAUCAGGAAUUGAGCUAUUUCAAUGUAUUUGUAGGUACCACUUCCCGCAAUCUUGGAGAGUAUCUCGACACACCUAUAUGGUGCCAUAUUGUGCUUCAAGCUUCAGAACAAGAUCAAUUUAUCAAACAUGCGAUUAUUGCUCUUGGGGCCUUGAACAAGAGCCACGACGUCACAGCGGCCAUCGGAAACUUGUCUGGAAGGGCUUUGGCAGCUGGAAGCGCCCACUAUCAGGUUGCCUUUCGAUACUAUGGUAUAACUAUUCAAGGAAUACGCAAAGCAUGCCAAGAACAGCGCAAAAGCAGGAGGACAAUUCUGAUUGCUUGUCUACUCGCCGUCUGUUUCGAGUACUAUCACGGGAACUUGGACUUGGCAAUAGCACACGUCCAAAAUGGCAUCAGGUUAAUUAAUGAACGGUUCCUCGGUCUCAUGCAUUUAACCUCAUUUGAUGGACAACAAUUCCUCCAGGGAAUCAUAGAAGACGAGCUCAUUUCGAUCUUUACCCGUCUCGAGCGUGACAUAUAUUCAUGGCACAAGGCGAAUCUUGUCGAAAUGCACCCAGACCUCCAGAACGUCGCUGCGGCAAUCAUCCAAGCCAUUCCCACCCAGGGGUUUAUCGACCUGAAUGCGGCACGGAAGUUUUUCGAUAUCCUGUUAACACAAGUCGACAGGUUCGUGUACAAUAUCGAUGAGCGAUUGUGGGAUUAUUCGGAUCCCUCGAGCGGACCGAGACCUGUAUUUCAAGUCGGCAAUUCAACUGGCGCCAUUUUCUCACCAAUUUAUCAACAACAGCGUGUGAAGUUCCUCAAACAAGGACUCACUUCCUGGCGCAAAGCUUUCCAGCCUGUUCUUACCCAGUCUUUGAAUCUGGGAGGGAAGGAUCUCUUAGUCGCCAAGACACUCCUCCUUAAUUUUAUUUGCAGUGCUGUAGCUCUGCAUUGUUGCUUUGGCCCCGAGCUCACAUACGAUGCCUACGUUUCGGAAUUUCGAACGGCGCUUUCAACAGCAGGCACACUCUUUAACGUUGCAGUCUCCAAGUUGGGGCAUACCUUCGUAGUUUCGUCGAUUUUGAUCAAGUCGCUGUUCUUCAUUGCCUCAAAGUGCCGAGAGACAUCUAUCCGCACCGAAGCGAUAAAUUAUCUGCGAUCCAUGUCAAGACAAGAGGGAAUUUGGGAUUCCCAUGUAGCGAGCACAUUUGCCACUGCUAUCGUGGAGCUAGAAGAGAGUGACGAGAGUGGUUUAAUACCUGAGCACAGGAGGCUGAGAGCAAUCAAGACUACUUUUGACCUGCACAAACGUCAAGGGAAGCUGAGGUUUUUGACGGCAACAAUGGGUACAGGACCCGUAGGAUUUGUGGCUCAUCGAAUGGAGCUUUGCUGGUGACGUAAGGCGCAAGAACGUUAAGCCGCUCUUCGGUUGGCGGUGCGAUAAAGUCAAUUGGACCACCGACCGUCAACGGAAGUCUCCAAUUGUUGUCCGUAACAGCUGCAUGCUGCAAUGAGCUGGGGAUGAACAUGAGGGGAAUCCUCCUGAAAAGGAAUGACUUUGGGCUUCUUUGGGUUUUGUGCAGCAUAUUCUCUCGACUCGGCAGGCGAAUUAUAUUCCCGAGGAGAGCAUAUGCAGGGUCUCUAUUGAG